AUGUCGAACCCGGCCGAUCCCGCGACAAAGCCCACAGAGCACAACCAGGUAGUCGCGAACCCUCUCGCACACUUCAAGGCGAUUCCAUGGUGUGCAGCGCUCCUCUCAGACCCGGCUAUCCUUGAUAUUGGCGUGCCGGACAGGCGACCGUUACCCAACGGCGACUCCAGCCUCGUGCGCAAGACUAUGAACAGUCCCACAACCUCCCGCGCAUGCGUGACUUUCUAUCGACUCGUCAAGCCCACGAAACCCAAAUCCUCCUCCUCAUAUCCUUCCUUCGGUGGCACGGGAGAAGUGUCUCCCGCCGGGGGCUCGGCCCCAUCCGAUAGCAAUAAAAGCAGUCGUAGCGGCAAAGGAGAGGAUAAGGAAAAGAAGGAGAAAAAAUCGCUGUCCGCUUCAGAAGCCAUUCUAAGCGGUGGCGGCAAAGAAAACGGCGAGAACCCGCGGAAUCCGUUCGUGCUGUUCAACGCCCUGGUCGAUCUAGGAGAGGACUGCCAGAGCUUCCCGGGCGUUAUGCAUGGCGGGAUGCACGGGCUACUUAUGGACGAGGUCAUGGGGACGGCUGCGAAUGCCCAGACUGAAUCAGAUACGCUGAAGCAAACUACUAACAAAGAAAACUGUAGCAAACGGCGCGUAUACGGUUCGUUUUACAACCCAUUAUCAUCGCGCGAUUCGGCUCCCGCAGAUCCUACUGAUCCGUGGGCGCGUGGUGCGGAAAGAGGGUCGGAAGAUGAAACAUUAUGGCUGAAGGUGACGGGGUCUGGCUCGCCAUUGAACGGAAGUCUGGCCAGAGCAAGCUAUGAGCGAGAGACUGAGCUAGUCUCUGGAGGUUAG